UAUUUUUUACUACAAUAUAAGCAUGACGUUUAAUUAAAAAAAAAAAAAAAAAAUCCAGCCUUGGGUGAUUACAUAAUUAUGAAACUGAUGUUACCUGCAACACCUGAACUGCACGUCACUGGCAGCCGGAGGCAACACGCAUGCGCGAAAUCCGUGCAUCGCUUUAAAGAAAGGUGCAUUUUUCAUAAAUAAAGACGCGUUCGUGCGUCACAUCCCCCUAAAAAAAAAAACCUGUAACACCCCGGACUUCCAUAUAUUUACGUCAGGGGCGAAGGUCUCUAUUAUUAUGAAGAGAGAUAUUAAAUUAAAUAUGAGCGCCUCCCAUUGACACCCAAACAAAAAACCUGCUGCUCUUGGAAUAUUCCUAAAGACGGAAGUGAGCGCCGCUUUUUUAUUUUCCAAUCAAGCCUCCGUCGGACGCAGCGCGUGCAUGUCAGUCUUCGGAUAUUUAUUCACCUGCGUUAUAUACACAUAUGAGUUUUUCCCGAAGAUAGUAAGGAGCGUCCAGUUGCCACUGAGUUUCUCCCACUGCGGUAUGGCAGCUACGGCGGAAGACCCGGAGGACUGCGGCCGGAGCGGCGGCGGCGGCGGCGGCGCGCAGGGCGCAGGUCUAACAGGUGACGGAGAACCCGAGGAGGCCGAGGAGUUCACCUGCUCGGCUUAUUGCUCGGAGCUCUCCAGGCGGCAGAACGAGCAGAGGAAGGCGGGGCAGUUCUGCGACGUGACCCUGGUCUUCAGCUCCGGCGGAGGGGCGCUCGGGGAAAGGGCGCAAACCGUGUGCGCGCACCGCUGCGUUUUAUCCGCGGCGUCGCAGUAUUUCACGCUUCUGCUGGGCGGACAGUUCUCAGAGUCCCAGUCCGGGCGAGUGGAGCUGAAGGAGUGGAGCUCCCCGGCGGGCCCAGAGCCAGACACCGUGGAGGGGGUGAUCCAGUUCAUGUACACAGGAGAAGUCAGGGUAACCACUGCCAAUGUGCAUGAAGUGUUGGAACUUGCUGACAGGUUCCUGCUGGGGCAGCUGAAGAACUUCUGCGGAGAGUUCCUGAUGAAGAAGUUGACCCUGUCCAACUGUGUGGCCGUGCACAGCCUCGCACACAUGUACACGCUGGACCAGCUGGCUCAGGGAGCCGCCAAGAUGAUCAGAAGGAACUUCCACAAGGUCAUCCGCAACGAGGAGUUCUACACGCUGCCGUUCCACCUGGUGCGAGACUGGCUGUCGGACUCGGAGAUCACCGUGGACUCGGAGGAGGAGUUGUUUGAGGCCGUCGUAAAAUGGGUCCGCCAGAACACAGAGGAGCGGGAGAGGCAUUUUGAGGAGCUGUUCCGGCUUCUGAGGCUGCUGCAGAUCGGCCCGAUCUACCUGACUCGAGUGGUGAGGAAGGAGCUCUUGGUGGUGAACAGUGCAGCUUGUUGCCAGCUGGUGUCCGACGCCCUCGAAGCUCACGCCGUUCGCUUUGAGAGCCCCAAGUCGGCCGAUUCCGAGCUCUGCGCCUCCUACGUGGCAGCGAUCCAGCCGCGCUUGGGCCAGAAAAUGGAUGUAAUCAUGGUGGUGGGUGGCGUUUCAGAAGGGGGAGAUUAUUUGAGUGAGUGUGUGGGCUACUUCGUUGCCGAGGACCGUUGGGUCAACCUGCCGCACAUUCACAACCACCUAGACGGACAUGCCAUCGCGGUCUCCGAGGACCACGUCUACGUGGCUGGAUCCAUGGAGCCCGGCUUUGCCAAGAUGGUGGAGCGCUACAACCCCAGCCUCAACAGCUGGGAGCAGGUCUGCAGCCUCACCACCCGCAAGCACUCGUUUGGCCUCACCAGCAUCAGAGACGUGCUCUACAGCAUCGGCGGUCACGGCAACUUCAGCCCGGGCUUCAAGGACGUCACCGUGUAUGAGCCCGAGCAGGACGAGUGGCUCAGUCUGGAGCCGGCGCCAAAGAUCCUACGAGAUGUCAAAACGGUGAGCGUGGAGGACCGCUACGUGUUUGUGAUGGCCAGGACCCCCGUGGACAUAGACAACGAGGACGGACUCAGCACCGUGACCACCAGCUAUGACACGGAAAGUCGCAAGUGGCAGGAAGUGGACUCCCUGCCGUUGAUCGAUAACUACUGCAGUUUCCAAAUGGCCGUUGCCUCCUCCAACUUCUACCACACGGCCUCCUGUUGCCCCAAAAACUACAAGGUGACGGUGGAGGCCGCCCGGCAGAAAAUAAGCAGAAACAUCUCGGACGAAAUCCUCGACAGCCUCCCGUCGGACGUCCUCACCAUAGAAGGCGCCGCUGUCUGCUACCUGGGCGAAGACGUCUUCAUCGUCGGCGGCUGGAGGAACAGCAACAACGUGGACAAGCAGUACCGCCGGGAGGCCUACCGCUACUGCGCGGAGAGGAAGCGCUGGAUGCUGCUGCCGCCGCUGCCUCAGCCGCGCUGCAGGGCGGCGGCCUGCCACGUUCGCAUCCCGUACCAGUACCUCCAGGGCCACCAGCGCUACCCCAUGCCCCAGAACCUGGCUCGCCAGCGAGACCGCAUGCAGCAGAUGCAGCAUCUGCAUCGGCGUACGCUCACCCUGCGCAGGCAGCUGCAGUCUCAGAUUGAAUGCUGAGAGGCGAAGAGAUUUGCUGAAGAAAGGUUUUUUUUUUUUUCUUUUCAUGCUACUGAAUCAUCAUAAUAAUCAUUUUGGCCUUAAAUUUUAGUAGCCUUACUCUUAUUCUUAUGCCAGUUUUUCAUUUCUGGAAAACUUUGCUUAAGCCGUGGCCUUUUUUUUUACUUUCUAAAAGUAAAUGAUGUCAGCGAUUUUUUGUGGUGCAAAACAAUGAUGUCUGUAUUUGCUGUCGAGUAAUUUAGAAGGAUAUGUGUAGUGGUUAAAAAAUGCUAUCACAACCAACUGAGAAAAAAAGAAAAGAAGUUCGAGCUUUAACUUUUUUACUCCUGCUAUUCACAUCUAAUUCUUUUCUACCUUUGUGGUUUUGCCCCUGUAUGCACUGGAGUGUCUAAGUGUCUGCUUACUUACAACAUACUGUGUAUAAGUGUUGGAUAUAGAGUGUGUGUUAAACUAGACAAUCAUGUAACAGAGAUUGUGUUGCAAGCACUAAGUUUAGAGAAAAGCACAUUCUGGGAAACAACUUCCUCUGUGAUUCUUCGUCGGGUUUUUUGCAGAUUGGAGAAUACUUUUGAUCAUUCCAGUGGGCAGACAUGAUAUGUACACGAUAAAUAUAUAUGUAUUGAGUUGUUUUGUAUGUCGGUUUUACUUCUGGCAAAUUUGUUCUGCCUCUCACAAAUGGACAUAACACUGUGGAAAGACUGUGAAAUGUGUGAAACGCAUUAAAACCAGCAGGCUGAUACGUUUUUGAUUUUUGUUCUUCAUCUUGACCCAACUGUGCCACAAGCUCUUUGCCUUCUUUUAUUAAAUACAUUUCAUUAAAAGACAAUUAGUGUUACUUUUAA